AUGUCAGGGUACAGAGCAGAAGAUGACUAUGAUUUCCUCUUCAAGGUGGUUCUUAUAGGGGAUUCUGGUGUUGGCAAGUCCAACUUGCUUUCAAGAUUCACAAGGGACGAGUUCAGUCUAGAGUCCAAAUCCACCAUUGGUGUAGAGUUUGCCACCAGAAGCUUGAAUGUUGAUGGAAAGGUCAUCAAGGCUCAGAUUUGGGACACUGCUGGCCAAGAAAGGUAUCGUGCGAUUACCAGUGCCUACUACCGUGGUGCAGUUGGUGCUUUGCUUGUUUAUGAUGUAACAAGGAACGCCACAUUUGAAAAUGUUGAAAGGUGGUUAAGAGAGUUGAGGGAUCACACUGAUUCCAAUAUAGUUGUCAUGCUUGUUGGGAACAAGUCUGAUCUCCGACAUCUGGUGGCAGUCUCAACUGAGGAUGGAAAAUCAUUUGCUGAGAGGGAGUCACUCUACUUCAUGGAAACUUCUGCACUGGAAGCUACUAAUGUGGAAAAUGCUUUUGCUGAGGUUCUUACUCAGAUAUACCGUACAGUGAGCAAGAAGGCAAUGGAGACAGGCGAGAAUGGAGCUGCAUCGAAUGUUCCUUCAAAGGGUGAGAAAAUCGACGUCAGUAAAGAUUUAUCUGCUAUGAAAAGAGGUGGUUGCUGUUCGACAUAA